AGAACGAGUAUAUUGGAGAUCUUAUAGUAUCUAUACUUACUGAUAUUAAGAAAGCAGACAAAGAGAUUGGAUAUAUCUUGUAAUGGAUCCAUGGAUGAAUCUUACGGUGACUGGUAACAGUAGUCACAAUUAUUUUAUGAUAAAAAUUAAGAAUGGAAGAUUAUUACCAUAUUCCCUCUAUCUAUCGAAUCUGUCAUAUUUAGUUAGUUAUUAAUGUUUGAGCAAGUAAGUGCUGAAAUACUGUGCAGUAUUGGUUUUGAAUUUCAAGGAACAUUUAUUAAGUGAAAGUAUGUUUAGUCCUAUACCAAUAAAGUACGAAUAUGUAGGAGGAGAAGAUGUCAGUAGAAAUGGUAGGAUUGAUACUUCAGAUAAUUCGAAAUAUCCUUUGUUUAUCAAUCAAGAUCCUGAAUGUAGAUAUCGUCAGUUACCACAAUUUUGGGAUUAUGCACAAUCAUCUGCAAAUCUUCCUCAAAAAGAUGAAACUUACAACUGUCAGGAUCUGCUUCAAGUACAAGUAAAUAAUCAUUAUAAUUGUAAAGGAUAUCUACUAUUAUAUUACAUAAUAUGUAAUAAUGAAUAUUUUUUUCUUCUAAAAGAAACUGGUUCUUUAACAUAUGUGAAAGAUUACUUCCAUCAUGGCAUAUUAUUUCAACUUAACCAACAUCAAGAGGAAGCUGCUACACAAACUCAAUUUUCUGAUCAGAGCCAACAGAAUUUAUCAGAUGAAACGCAAUCAACACAAGGACUACAAUAUUCACAGCAGUCUAAAAGUGUUAAUCAAACUGCAACAACUGUGCAAGCAAUUCCCUCUAUAAGACAUAAUCGUCCAGGAAGACCUCCAAAAGGUUCUUCUGAAACUACAGUGACAAAGAAAUUAAAGUGUCAGUGUGAAAUUUGUUUUAAAGAGUUUGGACACAAGAGUAAUUUAUUUAUUCAUAUGAGAACUCAUAAUGGGGAAAGACCAUAUAAAUGUAAUCAGUGUGAGAAAUGCUUUACACAUAGUGGAAAUUUAGCGAUUCAUAUGAGGACUCACUCAGGUGAAAGGCCAUAUGGUUGUCAAAUAUGUGGUAAAAUGUUUAGUCACAGUGGAAAUUUAUCUACACACUUGCGUACUCAUUCAGGGGUAAAACCAUAUAAAUGUUCUGUAUGUGGUAAAGAAUUCAGACAUAGUGGGAAUUUAUCAAUACAUGAGAGGAUACAUUCUGGUAUUAAGCCAUUUCAAUGUAAAAUCUGUGGAAAAGAUUUCUAUCAUAGUGGAAAUUUAACAACUCAUAUGAAAAAACAUACAGUAAACAUAAAUACGAAUGUGGAAAUUUGUGACAAUGGUACAAAGCAAAUGCAAAAUACAAAAGAUCAUGAUGAUGUUCCUCAUUCAAAUUCACUAAGUAAUGUAACACUGACUUCACAGAUAAGUGAUAUUGAAAUAAUACACCAUACAGUUAAUGUGGUUCCUGUAAAAAAUGAAUGUAUUGAUGAGCCUAGAUCAGAUAAUACUUUAAUAUCAAAACCAACGACUACAUAAGUUCUUAAAAAGAAAAAAAGAAAACUAUAUUAUGUAUAAAAUUUAAAUUUUAGUAAUAUUAUAUCUAUAUGUAAGAACUCUCUUUCAGUAUAUAUACAUACAUAUAUAUAUACAUAUAUAUGUGUAUGUGUGUGUGUGUGUACACAUAUAUAUAUAUAUAUAUAUAUAUAUAUAUAUAUAUAUAUGAUUUUAUAUAACAGAAAGCUCAAUAGGAAGGUAUACAUAUAUGAGGUGUAUCUAAAAAAUAAUGAGACUGGUUCUGUAAAAAUGUUUAUAUGUCACUUAAUGAAAAAUGUAUAUUAUUUCUUUCAAACUAGUUCCCUUAAAAUGCUAUUGAAUGCCAAAGGCAUUGCUUCCAUUUCUAGUGCUGAAACUCUUCUGUUGGAACUGCUUUCAAUUAGUUGGUUACAACCUUUUAAAUGUUGUCUACAGUUCCAAAAUGAUAUUUUUUGAGAUGGCUUUUGAUUUUCAAAAAGAACUCAAA